AUGAAAUUGUUGGUGAGAAACGGGUGUGGUGACCACCACCCACCAUAUAAGCAGCAAGUGAGGACAAGGAACAAGUACCGUAUAAGCACUACAAUUAUUUGGGAACUAGAUAAGAGAAGAAGGCGUUCAAAACUUCAUUUCUCAACAAGGGGCUGUUCUUUCUGGCACCAAUGCUACCCAAAAAGACGUGUGAAGAAGAUGCCAUUAAGACUUGGUUAAAGCUUGCACCAAAAAGAUAUAAAACAAAAUAUUCAUAUAUCUUUUUUAUCCUCAGUAGUAGUAGAAUGUAAUAUUGUGUUAAAUAAAAACAAUAUUCAACUUUGAUUUUCU